AAAACCUACUUAAGGACCAAGUGGCAGCAAAUCCCUGUCGGAUUUAAAGGAAAAUUGGUGGCAAUUAAUCCUGUGGGAUUGGGGAGGAAAAAGGGAAACGCCUCAGUCUGAUCUGGAGCUCAGAUCUGAUUGGAUGCUGGAGUUCCCUGGAUGGAGUGAUGGAGAGAUAAAUCUUGUCUCCAGACUCAGACUCGUGUCACCUCUGCCUCCUGAUCUGGUGCUGGUGCUGGAAAAGCAUUAGAACUGUAAUUAUAAGUAUAGUUAAACACUGAUCUGUCCUACACACAGUCAUGACAGGACGAGAGAAAGUGGAGGAAAAGCCGCACGCGAAGCUUCUAAGCACUCCGACGUAUUACGGUGCCGACAAGUCGCGCGUGAGCGGCUCCGGGUUCCGGUCCAAAGGCUUCGCCAUCACCGACCUGCUGGGGCUCGAGCCGGACUUCCGGCCGCGUCAGUCCGGUGCUGCAGAGGUCAGCGGGCAGCACGAGGGCGGUGAUGAGGGUCACGGCACCGGGAUCGGAGGCUUCUCGCUGGCCGCGGGGUCUCUGCCGCUCGGUUUGGGUUUCCUCUGCAGUCUGGCGGCGCAGCAGCCUCCCGGUGCUCCGUGUUUCCUCCCGGGACACAUCCCGCUCCUGCAGGCCCGCACUGACCGGCAUUUCAACCCCAGCACCGAGCCACAGCGGCCCGACCCCUAUUCCGAUGAUGACUGUCUUUCUGGGGAUCAUAACGAAGAGAAAACCUCGAGCAACUCUCAGAAACGGAAGAAACGGAGACACAGGACGGUGUUUACUUCUCACCAGCUGGAAGAGCUGGAGAAGGCUUUUAACGAGGCUCAUUAUCCAGAUGUUUAUGCACGGGAAAUGCUGGCCAUGAAGACAGAGCUCCCUGAGGACAGGAUACAGGUGUGGUUCCAGAACCGCCGGGCCAAAUGGAGGAAGCGGGAGAAGUGCUGGGGCCGCAGCAGUGUGAUGGCCGAAUACGGUCUGUACGGCGCCAUGGUCCGUCACUCCAUCCCUUUACCUGAAUCCAUCCUCAACUCAGCCAAAAACGGCAUGAUGGGCUCCUGCGCUCCCUGGCUUCUGGGGACUCCUCUCACUCUGCAAAAUCAGGACAAGUUAUCAGCAACACCAGGGACUGGCCCCAGCCUGAGAGGAAUGCAUAAAAAGUCCAUGGAAAUGUCCAAGAAGUCCUCGGAGAGGCCUGAAUCCACACACUCCGACCCAUACCCCGAGGAGACGAAAGGGAAAGACGGAGACGCCACAUGGCAGAGACGAGGCUCAGUGACGGACGAUUUGGAGGAUAUGGCCAUAGAUCUAUCCAGCACAUCCAAACAGGACACCAAGAGCGCUUUGAAAGUCUCGUCUCCUCAUCCUGGACCCAACAGCGACUCUGAAAAUGAGAAGUGAAAAUGGGAUGUGUACAGAUACAGGCGAAAAUAUGGACCUCUGUUUUGAACCUGUGUGUCUCCUCAUUACUGAUUUUGCUUUUGUUGUUUUAAUUGUUUAAUAUUAAUUAUUUAAUGUCAUGGGGAAUGAAAUGGCUAUGAGAUGAUGGCUAUAAGUGUACAAGUGUGUUACCCAUCCAGUCACUUAGAACAGGUUAUUUAUUUUAUAUUUACAAAAGAUGAAGUAUUUUCUUUUUUUUUUUACUAAUGUGUCCUCGUUGCAAAAAAAAAAAAGUCUGUCACUAAAGAAGCUGCUGCUCAACACGCACAGCUCUGAAGCACUUUAUCUGCGUUAUUGCUAAAGAUUCAACAAAGCAAUGAAAUGCCAGCAAAUCAUCACAGAGCAACAAAUAAAGGAUUAGUUUAUGUAUUUGGUGUAAAUGGAUUCUUCCUCUUUAAUUCUGCAGGAUUGGGCAAGUGAACAAAGGCAUUUCUGUGUGUCUGUGUGGGUGUUUUUUUUUUUUUUUUUGGUUACACCAUGAGU